AUGACGAGCAACAAGGACGUUCAUGCGUCGGGGACAGCACAAGAUGGUGCAGAUCUAAGGAGAAGAAACGUUCCUGGUGGACAGAACAGCGCCCUCACAUCUUCUGAGGAGGAGGUUGACGACAAGAAAUCCCAGAAGCCCAAAUCGCAGUCUCUCUCAAUUUUAUCUACGCUAGACGAAUAUGAAUUCAUCAUUGCACCUUUGAUCUUCACAGUACUUGCUUUCUUCACAAGGAUGUACAAGAUAGGUCUGUCAGAUAUCGUGACCUGGGACGAAGCUCACUUUGGAAAGUUCGGCUCCCACUACUUGAAACGAGAGUUCUAUUUCGAUGUACAUCCUCCUCUGGGAAAAAUGCUGGUUGGCCUUUCCGGCCUGCUGGCUGGCUACAACGGCUCGUUUGAAUUCAAAUCCGGCGAGAAAUACCCAGAGGAGCUCAAUUAUACUUUCAUGCGUCUCUUCAACUCGGCAUUUGGUGCUGUGUGCGUACCCCUAGCAUACUUCACGGCUAAGGAGAUGAGUUUCAGACGAUCGACCGUUUGGUUGGUGACAAUGGCCGUGCUUUUCGAGAACUCUUAUGCAACGAUCUCGAGAUUCAUCCUGUUAGACUCGAUGCUCCUCUGCUUUACAUUUACCACCGUUCUUUGCUGGGCAAGAUUCCAUAGGUUGAGGGAUCAAAGCUUUUCUAUUGAAUGGUUCACCUGGCUGUUUCUGUGUGGAAUCAGCAUUGGAUGUGUGUGCAGCGUCAAGUGGGUGGGAAUGUUUGGCACAGCCCUGGUUGGAUUUUACACAAUUGAAGACCUGUGGAAUAAGUUCGGAGAUGUCAAAAUGCCAAAGGUUGAACUAGGCCAGCACCUCGUGGCUAGGGCCUUUGGCCUUAUCGUCCUCCCUCUACUUGUAUACAUGUUUUCGUUCUGGGUCCACUUCCUUAUCUUGGAAAACAGCGGCCCAGGAGAUGCGCAGAUGAGCUCGCUGUUCCAGGCAAAUCUGAAAGGCACCGAUGUCGGAAAGGAUAGCCCACUGGAGGUUGCUUAUGGUUCAAGAGCUACACUGAAAAACAUGGGCUAUGGCGGCGGUCUACUGCAUUCCCACGUUCAAACAUACCCCGAGGGAUCUCAACAGCAGCAGGUGACUUGCUACCAUCACAAGGAUGCCAAUAACGACUGGUUCUUCUAUCCAAAUCGGAGUAUGCCUUUGUACGACCCAGAGCAGCCUAUUAGCUUCGUUGGAGACGGCCAUGUCCUCCGCAUGAUCCAUUCUCAGACAGGUCGCAAUCUGCACUCGCACGCGGUUUCCGCUCCUGUGACCAAAAGUGACAACGAGGUCUCGUCAUAUGGCAAUACUACGAUCGGUGACGACAAAGAUCAUUGGACUGUUGAGGUCGUAGAUGAUGCAGCUUCGAGAGACUGGUCCAAAAUUAGGACGUUGACGACAUCCUUUAGGCUGAGGCACACAUCUCUGGGCUGCUAUCUGCGCGCUGGGAACGUCAAUCUUCCGCAGUGGGGUUUCAAGCAGAUUGAAGUCACUUGUGCGAAAGAGAACAAGCCUCGAGAUGUAUACACCCAUUGGAACGUCGAGUCUCAUUGGAACGAAAGACUACGGGCCGGUGACCCUGGAUCUUACAAGUCCCCAUUCUUACGCGACUUCAUGCACCUUAACGUAGCGAUGAUGACGUCCAACAACGCCUUGGUGCCUGAUCCCGACAAACAAGAUGACCUCGCUUCUCAAUUUUGGCAGUGGCCUAUCCUGAACGUCGGCCUUCGUAUGUGCGGCUGGGACAAUCACAUCGUCAAGUACUUCCUCCUUGGCAACCCCGUUGUCUAUUGGGGCAGCACCCUCUCGCUUGGUGUCUUUGGCGCAAUGAUGGCAUGGUAUCUCGUCCGCUGGCAACGCGGAUAUGACGAGCUCAAACCUUCGGAGAUUGACCAAAUUCAUUACGCCGGACUUUAUCCCGUUGUAGGCUGGUUUCUCCACUAUCUACCGUUUGUGGCUAUGGCGCGUGUUACUUAUGUUCACCAUUAUUACCCGGCACUGUACUUUGCUAUCCUGACCAUGGGAUUCGUUACGGAUUGGAUGACCAAGCCGUUGGCGCGAAAGGACAAGAGAAUUGAGUGGGCACUUUAUGGGUCGCUUUACGUGCUGGUCAUCGGGCUGUUCGUCUUGUUUAGGGCGAUUGUAUUCGGUAUGGAGGGUGACAAUAAGCAGUGGAGGCAUCUCAAAUGGUUUGAGAAAUGGAGGAUCACCGACUAA